AUGGGAAAUGUGACGUCUAGCGUGGCCGCAAAGUUCGCAUUUUUCCCGCCGGACCCGCCGACGUACGAGGUGUACGAGGAAGAUGGGCAGCUCGUUAUGAGUGGGUUGACGGCGGACAAGAACGUGGACGUUCAUUUGGUGGAGACGAAAGGUGGGCAUAAAGUGGCGGCCACGUUCUGGAAACACCCAUCGGCGAGGUUCACCUUGCUUUACUCACACGGCAACGCCGCCGAUUUGGGGCAGAUGCAAGAGCUCUUUAUUGAGCUCCGGGCACAUCUACGUGUCAACAUUAUGAGCUAUGACUAUUCUGGAUAUGGAGCAUCAACUGGGAAGCCAUCUGAAUUGAACACAUACCACGACAUUGAGGCAGUCUAUAACUGUAUGAAGAGCAAAUACGGGAUCAGGCAAGAAGAUGUGAUUUUGUACGGACAAUCUGUUGGAAGUGGGCCCACAUUACAUCUGGCUUCUCGUUUUCCAAGGCUAAGAGCAAUAGUUCUUCAUAGCGCGAUACUUUCAGGCAUAAGAGUAUUGUAUAACGUUAAAAUGACGUUCUGGUUUGACAUCUUCAAGAACAUUGACAAAAUAAGGAAUGUUUGCUGCCCAGUUUUAGUCAUACAU